ACACGUUUGUGGCUGUGUGUUCCAAACUAUUCUCAUCCGUGUGUUUAUUGUUUCAUUUCAUCAUACUGUUUGUUACAUUCAAAUCAAAAUAAUACUACUCUCCAAUAAAUGAAUACUUAGUACCAAUGGCCUUGUCCUCUACAUCACUAUUAUGCAUUCUUCCACCCUAUUUUACAUUCUCAACUCAACUAACCAUUACUAAUAUAUUAUCCAAAUUCAACUAUUACCCUAUUUUACCUUAUAAUAACAAUAAACUAAGGAUUAUGCCGUCCAACUAACCCAAUCACUCAAACACCCAAAUUCAGAUUCUCAACUAACCUUGCGUUUACUGUCAAUUUGCCAAGGAAAUUAUCCAUUAGAAGCUCUGGUGAAAACUCUGCAGGAGCUACAGAGGUAGAGUCAGAGAGUUCCAUUGAACUUCCAAAAGAAUCAUCAUCUUUAAUUUCUACUUUCAAUGUAGAAAGAGCUCUCCGUGGUAUACAAUGCAGCAAUAACAGACGCAAACCAUUAUGGUAGACUCGGCCUACCAAGAGGAUGUCCCUAUGACAUGGUGACAGUUGCCUAUAACAAUAAGGUUCAAGAAUUGGAGAGUCAAGAUUUAGAAAAAGACAUACUAAACAAGAAAUUGGAACUUCUCAGAGAAUCAUACACCAUCAUGUCAUCACCAGAUGAAAGAAGAAUGUAUGACUGGAGUUUGGCCAGAGAAGGUAACGCAGAAAAAUUCAUUUGGCCAUAUGAAGUUGAUGUUUCAGAGCUUCAAAAAGGAGAUCCUCCACCACAGGAACCUGAGGAUGUUGGACCAACCAGACUGAUCGGAUACUUCCUAGUGGGAUGGAUAGUGCUAUCAGUUGUGUUGUCAAUUGGAUUAAACUUAUAGAAACAAGUUUAUGUAUACUAUGCACCAACCCAUGAAACUUUUAUUCCUAAAAAAAACAAUGAUGUAAUGUAAUGGAAAAAUGUUUUGAAUUGAAUGAAGUUUAAUUCAAUUCAAUUAUAUAUAGCAAAAAUAUGUUAUCA